CAAGGGUUUUGAGAUAGACUAGCUACAGGCAAAGGGAGAGAUAAUAUUGUGUAUCUCGGAUUCUAGAGUCGUCUACAAGAGUCAUUGUGUUAUGUAUAAGCGCUAGCAAGAGGAUUGAAUAAAUGCUGCUGAAACUGUAAACAAGCUCCUCGCCUCAUCCUUUUAUGCUCCUCGCCUACAAUCACCGAUCCGUACACGACAGUAGUAAUGGAGGGAAAUUUGAUUGUAUUUGGUUUAUGUCUUCUUGUAACGGCAUUUUCCUUCAUUUUCCUGGGAAUUUUCUUCUACGUUUCGUACAACCGGAACAUUUACAGUCACAUUCCUCAUCCGAAACCUCUUCACUUCUUGCUUGGACAUCUACCCCUCUUCAAAGAGGUUGCCAAAAAUGGACCAGUGUCGAAAAAAAUGGUUGAGUGGAGCAAAGAACUGGGUCCAGUGUACUGUCUCCACAUUGUUUUCAGAACUCUCAUCAUGUGUAAUGACUCAACAGUUAUCAAGGAACUUCUGACACGAAGCAAAUACUUGAAGUCGCCUGAUAAUUACCGUGGCUUGAAGUCUGUGUAUGGAGCCAUGACCCUAGGUAAUGGUCUGCUCAGUGAGAUGAAUCAUGAGGUCUGGAUGAAGAAACGUGCUCUCUUUAAUCCUGCUUUCCAUCGCAAAUAUUUAAUGGGCCUGAUGAAUGAGUUCAAUAGCUGUUCAGCUAAACUGGUCAAUCAUUUGAUCCCGUUAAGUGAUGGUCAGACGGAGGUCGUCAUGUUGAAAGAAUUUGAAAGGUUGACCUUGGAAAUCAUUGGAAAGGUUGGAUUUGGAAUGGAGGAUGAUAUCAUUGGGAACCCAGAUUCCCCUCUUUGCCAGCUCCUUCCAAAGGUUUUGUCUGGCGUGAAUUCUGUUUACAGACGUCCACUAUUAAAGUACAGCAUCCUUCCCAAAGACAUCAAAUACAAACAUGAGGUUCGAGCUGCAGCUAAUGAGAUCCGAGCGGUGGGUCGGCGUUGCAUCUUGGCUCGUAUAGAUGCUCUUAGACGGGGUGACCAAGUUCCUCAAGACAUUCUAACUUACAUCCUCCAGGAGUCAAACAACUUGGAAGGAAUCAAAGACUUUGACUUAGAAGAUAUGGUCGAUGAGUUCGUUACCUUUUUCGGAGCUGGUCAGGAAACAACAGCCAAUCUUCUCUCCUUCACUCUUCUUCAUCUUGGUAGAAAUCCUCAAGUCAUGAAAAAACUCCGUGAUGAAAUUGAUACUGUAUUGAAAGGGAGAAACUAUGUUGAAUAUUCAGAUGUCGGCAAGAUGAAGUAUCUAACCUUGGUUUUGAAAGAGACUCUUAGAAUCAACCCUCCUGUUGGUCAUUUGCAUAGACUUUUACCUCAUGAGAUGGAUAUAUGUGGAUACAAAGUACCUAAAGGCAGUGUUGUAAUGGUGCCGAUAUAUGGAAUGGGUAGGAAUGAGAAGCAUUUCAAGAAUCCAGAGAAGUUUGAUCCGGAAAGAUUCACAAGGGAUGAAGACAGCCCCUUAUUUGCGUACAUGCCAUUUUCUCUGGGUGCUCGAUCCUGCAUUGGCCAGACGUUUACUAUGAUUGAAUUCAAGGUGGUCAUAUGUAAGCUCAUUCAGCAACUGGAAUUCCAACUUGUACCCAACCAGAGCUUUGAGUUUGUAGAAGAGACGCUCACUUUCAAGCCCAAAGAUGGCUGCAAAAGUUACAUCACAAUGAGAAACAUUUGACAUCACAAUGAAAAACCUGUGACAUCACAAUAACAAAACCUGUGACAUCAGGAUGAGAAACCUGUGACAUCACAAUGAUAAACCUGUGACAUCACAAUGAUAUUAGGGCACAUUGUGUGAGGACAGAUAAUAUUGUUUUAUAUUGGGGAUUUGAUGUAUUAUUUUUAACUACACUCGCUAAUGCCUAGGUCACAAAUAAACCGGGCCCCGUACGAUUUUCCCUAUCCGGCGGCUUGCCGUGGAUUUAGAGACCGUACAGGAACCUUCCGAUUUACAUUCUACGGCAUGUGUGGUCACAUAUUCUGCGGUGCCCGUGAGGUGCCCGGUGAAAAAUGGUAGAGUGAAAUGCAAGGCACCUCGGCAGGGUGCCGGCCGGUAAGCUUACGGGCUGAAUUUGUUGAAUUUGUUGAAUUUACCCAACAAAGUCAUGGGGGGCCCGUCCGGGCACCGUCCGGAGCCCGCACGGAACCCGUGAGGUGCCCUACGGACCCUUUGCAGGCUUUCUACGGCCUAACGGUCAGAUAAAAACGCUGGGAGAAUUGGGAGCAGCCAACUCAGCACCACGGCGCCUGUACAGCUUAAAAAACUGUCCCGGCCCCCGUAGGAACUUUGCGGCUGGUUUUACUCGCCGUACGGGCCCCGGAGUGUAUAUGUGAAAGCCCCAUUAGGAGCACUCUAACCACUAAUCAUUGUGCAGUUGUGCACAUACUAACUCAAGGUACCAUGAUAUUUGGAUCACUCGGGAUAUGGUACCCUUUAUGCACCUUAAAGGAGAAGUAAUGUAGAUGAAGAUGCUUUUUCAUGACAACACAAGUAUAGUGCCAGAAUAGUGCCAGAACUCAAACCUGUGGAGCGCCAGGAGGGUCAAAUCUGACUCACAUGAGCGCUAUACAAGAACCCAUUAUUAUUUUUAUUAUAUGGAUCUCUAGUCAAGUAUCGCAAAAACUCUCCUGCAAUACCUAUACACAAUGUAAAGGGGGGAGAGAGGGAUAGUAUGAUACCGCAGGCCUCUUUAAGGGUUACUCUAACCCAACUAUUGUGGUAUAGUGAGAAAACUUGAUUUUAUCUUUAAGGUCAUCUUAGACUAGACAGAGAGGGGCCUGUGUACUUUGCCUCAUUACGCAUAUUCAAAAUCCACAAACUAAAUAGUUCAAAUUGAGAGAGUUGUAAUAAUACUGAAUCUGGAUUGCUUAUGGAGAUGUAGGUUAUUGAUGGUAUGUUUUAUUAAACAUAUCUUUGUUUAGAAAUAUUCAGGUUGCAGAAAGACUAAAUAAUUGAUUUAGGCGGAAGGAUAUUAAGAGAGUGAUUAGGCAGUUUGGGAAGAAAGUUUAGGGCACUGUUCAACCAACUCAGUGAGGAGAGGUGAUUGACAAUCAGAGUUUUACCGUAGAGUAUCCAAAACAUUUCGUAAUUCGGUCGAGGUAUGUUAAUUGAUUUUUAUGCCUCCGUUACGAAGUAGCCGGAGGCAUUAUGUUUUCGGGUUGUCCGUCCGUCCGUCCGUACGUACGUACGUCCCAUUCUCGUGAUCGCGUUAUCUCUAUAACCGACUGAUGGAUUCCUACCAAACUUUGGUCAUGUAUGUAACGUGCAGAGCCAAUGAAUUGAAAGCAUUUGUUUACAUUUCUAUAUCUGUUAUCUUGAUUCCUUUUAAUGUCAGAAGUUGAAGUAAUAUUGUAAUUUUACUUAACGUUUGAUUCAUUUAUUUCAUUGGUUUGAGUCUUUGAUUUAAUUGGUUCAGUUAUUCUAUAAUGAAGAGUGACAAUUUUAGUUAAGUAUAGAUACAACAUUAUUCAUCUGUGUAUUGAUAUACUUCAUGCAUUUUUACGAUCAUAAAUAGGAUUUAAAUUGUUAUGAUUAGAUUAUCGCAUUAUAAUGUUUUGAUAAUAACAAUUUGAUGGUAUAGUUAACUAGUUAUUCAUGCGUUGUAUAUGUAAUAAACUCUGGAAAGUAGUUGGUAUUUUAUUCAAAUUAAAACAUUUCCCUUAUAAGAUUUUAUUAAUGAUAUACAAUGCAUUGUUUUUAUCACAAUUAAAUUAUUGCAAUAUUGUUUGGGCAAAUUCAAAUGAUUAUUGUAUGAAUAGAUUAUAUAAAUGACAAAAGAAGGCAAAAUAGAGCUACCAAGUGUUCCAAGCAAUGUUAUGUGUAAAAUAAUAUUCCAUAAAUCCCUUGUGAUAUUCUUGUAGAAAUUCAUAAAUUUUUUUUUUUUUGAUUAUGAGACAAAAUAAUUUUGUUUACUUUAAUGUAUAACAUUUUGUGUGUGAAUUAUAAUCAGGUCUUUUAUUUGUGUGACCUAAGGUAUGUUGAUUUUUAUUAAAAGUGUUUUUAUUUUAGGGAGAA